AUGCAAACUAUUACAUAUCUUGCCACUAUUAUCCUUUCAACAUUAAUCAUCGGAGGUAUAUUUGGACUACCAACUGGAAUGAUUCAAUGCCCACCUGAUAAACCAAUGGUGCAUUGCGUUGUGGAUCCAUGCUCUACAUCAACAUGUCCAGGAAAUAAAAACGCUACAUGCAUCUCUAACUAUUGCGGCGAAUGCAAUGCUCUAUGGUAUAAAGCUGAUGGUACUCCAGCAAAUUGUACUAAAUCAUCUUCAUGUCCACCUGGUCAGAGUAAAGUUCAAUGUUUCGUAGAUCCAUGUCAAGAAGCAACAUGUCCAGCAUAUCCUGACGCUAAAUGUAUCUCGAACUAUUGUGGAAGCUGCAAUGCUGAAUGGUUCACAUCCAGUGGAAAACCAGUACAAUGUGACGCUACUAAUUAA